AUGACAGAAAGUAUUUCCUCUGUCCAAGAAACAGUUGUUAAUGGUGAUAUCGUCACCACAGUCACGGAAAUAAAAACAUUGAACCCAGAUCAUACAGUCACGACGACAACAACUAUCGAUAAAACGGACCAUGCCGAUGAAGAUAAUCAUGUCACAACAAUCAAUCAAACAACAUCAACGCCAUCGCCGGAUUUAGACAAACAGAUAAUUAGACAAAUUGAGUAUUACUUCAGUGACGUCAAUAUGCUUCGUGAUAAGUUUCUCAAAAAUGAAGUGAUUAAAGAUGAUGGUUGGAUUCCCUUGUCCGUAUUGACAACAUUUAAACGUCUUCAAUCAUUAACGACAGAUUUUAAAACAAUAAUGGAUGCCUUAAAGAAAUCUGUAUCAGGUAUUCUACAAUUACAUGAAACUGAAGACAAAAUUCGUCGCCAUCCAGAUCGUCCACUACCGAAUAGUCAUGCUGAAUUAGAAUUAGCAUUAAAAAAUCGUACUGUUUACGUUGAAGGCAUUCCUAAGACAGCUGAUGUGACAUUAGACAAAUUACUUCACUUUUUCGAUAAGUAUGGUUCGACCGAUAAUAUUCAAAUGAAAAAACAACCCAAAACAAAAGAUUUUGCUGGCUCGGUAUUUGUCGUUUUUCCCAGUGAAGGAAAAGCGCAUGAAUUUGUGGAGAAUUCCAAGAAAACGCCAGUCAAAUAUGAUGAUGGAUCGAUUCUAGAAUGCUCCUUGCAGGAUCAGAUAACAAAUCGAGGAAAAGAAAAACAAGCAAAGAAAGAAAAGAAACAAGAGGAGUUAGACAAAAAAACAAACGAACAUUUAGAAAAAUUAAACAAUGAAAACUUUCUUGGUGCUGUCAUUCAUCUUGCCGGCAUGGCUGCUAAUGCAUCACGUGAAUUGAUCAAAGAGAAAUUUCUUCCGUUUGCAAAGAUGCCAUGGAUUGAUUUUAAUCGAGGCGAUCCCCAGGCUUGGGUACGAUUGAACGAAGCAAAUACAGCGAAAGAUGUUCUAGAAAAAGUGCUAGCAGCUGGAAAUGGAAAAUUAGUUAUCGGAGAUAAGCAAGUGACCAGUCGAGUUGUUGAAGGUGAAGAAGAAGCACGAUUUUGGAAAGAAGCAAAUGAAAAACGAGCUGCUCAACGAACUCAAAAAAACGAACGAUAUUCUGGAGGGAAGCGAGGUGGAUUCAGUAAAAAGAAACGGCGUGGUGGACAGAAACGAAAAAACAAUCAAAAUCAAAGCAAUGAGUCAGAUGAUGAUGAUGGCCCAUCCAGUGAAUCAAAUUCAGCAAAGAAAAUGAAAGGUUUAACUACAGAUUAG